UAAUCCAAGGUUAUUUGACAACCCUAUACAGUAACGACAUUUACAAAGACAUUACUUUUUAUCAUUUCAAAAUCGUACCUGUUCAGCCGAAAUGCGUAUUACUCUCUCCCGUUUGGCCACCUUCACUCCAAAAUUGAAGGAGCUGCGGAUCAUUCUCGAUCCUAAAGCGGAGGCCUCUAAGGGAGCAAGGGAAUAUGUGGAAAGAUUUUAUCCAAAUCUAAAGAAAAACAACCCAGACCUGCCAAUUCUGGUUCGAGAAUGCUCUGGUGUCCAGCCACGACUUUAUGCUCGCUAUGGCAACGGCAAGGAGCUGUCGCUGUCUUUGGCCAACCAAGCUGCUCCUGACAUACACAAAAACUUAGAGGCGGUCGGAAAAUAGGGCUAACGUUUAAGAAACCAUUAUAGACAGAUAAAAAGAAAAUAAAUAUAUGCACAAUUACGUGUAUAUCAAGUAACA